ACUAAGAAAGGAUUAAAUUCACUCCCAACACCACAUUUGACAUCUGAAAAGUCUGCACAGAGCUCCAGGAGUGUUAGAAAGCAUGGCAGGUGUGUCAGUGGAGGAGCCCAUGCCGGGAUACUUGCAGCUCUUCUCCACAGCUAGUAGUGUUUUGUUGGAUGCCUAUAGAGACUGUAAAGACUGUGGCAUCGAACUGUCCGUUCAGACACUGCUGGAUCAUGCACACCUCACACCGACAGAAAUCGUGCUCUUCUUCCUCUGCGUGGUGAUUUGGACCAGUCUGAGAUGGGCACUGACUUAUCACCUGUUUGUGCCAUUCGCCCAGUGGUGUCGUCUCCAUCCCAAAGAUGUGGCGAAGAUGCCAGAAAGUGCUUGGAAGCUGGUCUUCUACACGAUGUCAUGGUCCUACACCACCUACUUGCUCUUCUAUUGCAACUACGGCUUCUUUCACAACCCUUCCUCUGUCUUUUACAACUGGAAGAGCGGAAUGCAGGUGCCUACGGAUAUCGCCAUUGUCUAUUUGAUCCAGGGGAGCUUCUACGGCCACUCCAUCUACGCCACAAUAUACAUGGAUGCGUGGAGGAAAGACUCCGCCGUCAUGCUGUUGCAUCACUUCAUCACUCUGGCACUGAUUGCAUUCUCCUACGCCUUCAGGUAUCACAAUAUCGGGCUCCUCGUGCUGUUCCUCCAUGACAUCAACGACAUUCUGCUGGAGUUCACAAAACUCAACGUCUACUUCAAGAUCCGUGCAGGAAAAAGCUACAUGAUCAAUGAUGUCCUGUCCAGCGUGGGCUUUCUGGGCUUUGGCAUCACAUGGUUCUGCUUCCGACUGUACUGGUUCCCCCUCAAAGUGCUGUACGCCUCUUACGUCACCAGCCUGCAAUCCGUCCCCAAUAUCCCUUUCUACUUUUUCUUCAACGCUCUGCUGUUUGCACUGCUGCUCAUGAACAUCUACUGGUUCCUGUUCAUCGUGCAGAUGGUGGUGAAGGUUCUGACUGGGCAGAUGAAUGGGAUCAAUGAUGUACGCGAGUACGAAGAAAACGAGGUCCAGGAAUCGAUCAAGGCCGAGAAGCAUGACUCAGGACAUCAGCGCUCUGGAGAUGGGAAUCACGUGCAAAAUGGAAUCGGCAAGAAGCACCAAUAACAGGCUCAGUACUGUCACCUGCUGGCCCUCUACAGCAAUUACAAGGAACAAAAAAGGGCAGUUUGACUCUGGCACUCUGUCUUUACUACAGGAACAACAACAAAAAUAUCCCUGAUCAUUUUAGACUGUAAUGUUGUUGUUUUUUUUUUGUCCUCAUUUUAAUAAAACUGUGAAUAUUA